AACAUACAAUUCUGGUCCUUUUGGACCACGUGCGUUUUGUGUACAUUUUUCACGCAGAUUUUUCUUAUUUUAAACUUGAAAAAAAUAUGUUUUUUUCAUUAUUUAUAUAUUAUUCAGUAAAAGUGAAAUAUUCUCUUUAAAUUGAAAUUAAAAUUACAUUCGCAGUGUUUGUGUGUCACACGUGUACGGGAUUCUCAAUUUUUAGGUUAGGUUAAAUUUUUCAAAAGAAUUGCGUGCGUACAAGAAAUUAAAUUCAAAAUCUUGACAAAUAACUAAAUUUAAUUAUUAUAUUGAAAUUUGAAAAAAAAAACACCGAUAAAUUAUGGAAAUUGACGAUAAUGAAGAAGUGCAAACAGUUCUUGCACGAUUUAAAUCCGACGAUGGUGUGGCAUUGGCUGGCGGUCUUUUAGAUUUACCUGUUAAUGUUACAGUGGAACAAUUGCAAUUAAUUUGCAAUACAUUAUUAAAUGAAGAUGAACCCCUUCCAUUGGCAUUUUAUGUGAAUGAUGUGGAAAUUGAAAAGUGUUUACAACCUUAUUUAAGUUUAAAUAAAGAUUUCAGUGCCAGUGAAAAUGUUGUCGAUAUUAUUUAUCAACCACAAGCAAUUUUUAAAGUCCGAAGUGUCACCAGGUGCACUGGUGAAUUAGAAGGUCAUACUGAAGCUGUUUUAGCUGUACAAUUUUCUCCAAAUGGCCAACUUUUGGCAAGUGGUUCUGGAGAUAAAACUUUGAGACUUUGGGAUAUUCACACUCAAACUCCUUAUAAAACGUGUUUAGGACACGCUGAUAAUGUACUUUGUGUUGCUUGGUCGCCUUGUGGACGAAAAGUCGCUUCAGCUAGUGAAAAUGGAAAAAUUCUUCUUUGGAAUGCGGAGGACGGAUCACAAAUUGGCAAACCAAUGAUCGCUCAUAAAAAAUGGAUAACUUGUUUGAGCUGGGAACCAUAUCACAGUAAUGAAACAUGCCGAUUUCUCGUUAGCUCAUCGAAAGACACAACAUUAAGAAUAUGGGACACAGUUCUUGGUCAAACAAUUCGCGAAUUAAAUGGACACAGUAUGAGUGUCACUUGCGUCAAAUGGGGUGGACGAGGUCUUAUUUAUUCUUCAUCUCAGGACAGAACGAUUAAAGUUUGGAAAGCUGAUGAUGGGAAAUUGUGCAGAAGUCUUGAAGGUCACGCUCAUUGGGUGAAUAGUUUGGCGCUUAAUGUCGAUUAUGCUUUAAGAACGGCAGAAUUUGAAAUUACAAAGAAAAAAAAUGAACUAGAAAGUGCUAAAGAACGUGCAAAAAGACGUUACGAAGCUGUUGGUGAGGAAAAACUCGUUUCUGGUUCCGAUGAUUUUACAUUAAUUCUCUGGAAACCGGAGACUAGUAAAAAACCCAUUGAAAGAAUGUCAGGCCAUCAACAAUUAAUAAACGAUGUGAAAUUUUCGCCAAAUGGAAGACUAAUUGCGAGCGCUUCUUUUGAUAAAUCAAUUAAAUUAUGGGAUGGAAAUAGUGGAAAAUUCGUUGGUGUUUUGAGAGGACAUGUGCAAAGGGUUUAUACAAUUGCAUGGAGUGCGGAUUCACGAUUAUUAGUCAGUGGAAGCGCUGAUUCCACUUUAAAAGUUUGGAAUAUUAAAAUGAAAAAAUUACUUCAUGAUUUACCGGGUCAUGCGGAUGAAGUUUAUGCUGUUGAUUGGGCACCAAGUGGUGAUCGAGUUGCUUCUGGUGGCAAAGAUAAAGCUUUGAGAAUUUGGCAAAAUUAAUUUUUAAAAAAUUGUAAUAAUUGUAGUUCAAUUAAAAAAAAAAAUUGAUUUAUAUAUAUAUUUUGAUAUUGUUGUUGUAAUUUAAUUAAUUUCUCAAUUAUAUAUUUUUAAUAUCGUUGAGAAAUUUAUUGUUUGUUUAAACUAUUAAAGUAAAAAAUUCAAAAUAAAAAGUAA